AUGACAAAAAUCAUUUCAUUGAUUCUUGUAACAGUAAUUCUAUGCGUUACAGUUGAACAUUGUCAAGCAAGAAAUAAUGAUGCAGAUUUUGGAGAAAAUCAAAAGGAAAUUAUGCAAUCAAAAUUAAAAAGAUUAUCUAUUCAUAAAGAUCGUAUUCGUCGUCAAAAUGAUGAAUCAAUGUCAAAUGUUGAUACAGCUGGAACAGUUCUUUCAAUUCUUCCAUUAGAUCGUAUAGGUACUAUUGUUGGUCAAAUAAUGUCAACUGGUCUUAAAGAAAUGUUUAAUCCAAAUGUUGGAACAAAAAUUGUUAAUGUUUUAGAAAAUCAAGCACCAUUAUUAUUAACAUCACUUUUUACUAAUCUUUAUACUACUCUAAGUAUUCCUGGAAAAGUACCACCAAAAACAAAUUCAUCAAUAUCAUCAAUAUCAAUGAAUAAUAAUACUGUUAAACAAUUAAGUAAUAGUUCAACAUCAGAAAUAAUGAAUGCUAUUCGACGUCCAGCAGCAAAAUAA